CAAUAGAAAAUGAUGCUCUCCCUUAUCCAGCAACUAGUUCAAAAAAGCUUACAAAGUGGGUGAUUGAAAGGAUAAUCCAUGCCCUAAGUUCAUGGGAAUCCUAUUCCCUAAAGCAAGGACCCCAUUGCCCCUCUCGAGGAGCUGCAAGGAGCAUGUACAUUAUUAUAGCAACCAAAGCCUUUAACCUUUGCUUAAUUCCCCUAGCUCCUCCUACUCUUAAGAGUUGAGGCACCAAGAGCUCAAAAGAAGGAAGGUUGGGAGAUUUCUUGACGCUUAGGAUGAACGACUGGGCUGCUUCUCUCAUAGCUGCUGCUUUGUUUGCGUUCCUGUCACCAGGUUUGGUCUUUCAAAUGCCAGGGAAGGAACGACCCCUUGAUUUCAUGAAUAUGAAGACGAGUCUAGCUGCCAUAUUUGUUCAUUUGGUUAUCUACGGUCUGCUUCUUGUUCUGUUUCUCGUUAUUCUUCACGUCCACCUUUAUGUCUAGUCUGCCGGCGGUGUUUUAGUUCUCUUUCUGCUCUACUAGGAUUAUAAAAUCAGGUUGCUCUUCUCUUUUUAAUUAGCAUCAUGUCGUGCACCAUAUGAAAUCUGAAUUUUGCCAAGGGGUACAGAAUCUCUGUGGUUUCUUUUGUUCUUAUGCCUGUAGCCAUCUCUGCCAGCUCUUUGAAUUGAAAAAAAAAGAGAGAUUACUUGUGUGCA